UCCGAUAGAACGAGUAGUGCAGUUUAGUCUUGAAAUUUAAAAUACACGGCGUGCCUCCAAAAAGCAGUUUCGUUCGAUCCUCACUGAGUUGCGCCUCUCCUUCCUCUCAGCUCUUGGUCGAACCCUAGACCCCAUUUUCGACCUCCAAACAAGAUUUGCGGAUGGAGAGAAUUCACGUCAGCGUCCGCAUAAGGCCUCUUUCCUCAGAGGACACCAAAACCAGCCCCUGGAGGGUCUCUGCCAAUUCCAUCUUUAUUCCUAAUCACUCCUCUAAAUUUGAAUUCGAUCAAAUAUUCAGUGAGAACUGCAAGACUGCCCAAGUCUAUGAAGCUCGCACCAAAGAUAUAGUGGAGGCUGCAGUUCGUGGAUUCAACGGUACUGUUUUCGCUUAUGGCCAAACUAAUAGUGGGAAGACUUAUACGAUGCGAGGCUCCAAAGCAGAGCCAGGAGUCAUUCCUCUCGCCAUCCGUGAUUUGUUUCAUAUUAUUCAACGAGAUGUGGAUCGAGAAUUUCUUCUUAGAAUGUCAUACAUGGAGAUUUAUAAUGAAGAGAUAAAUGAUUUAUUGGCUCCUGAACAUCGAAAACUGCAGAUUCAUGAAAAUCUAGAGCGGGGGAUAUAUGUUGCGGGGCUGCGAGAAGAAAUUGUUGCCUCUCCUGAGCAAGUUGUUGAACUCAUGGAGUUUGGAGAAUCUCAUAGACAUAUUGGAGAGACAAAUAUGAAUUUGUACAGCAGUAGGUCUCAUACUAUUUUUCGCAUGAUAAUUGAGAGUAGGGAUAGAAGGGAAGAUGAAGAAAGUGGCAGCUCCUGUGAUGCUGUCCGUGUAUCAGUGUUGAAUUUAGUGGAUCUUGCUGGUUCGGAGCGUGCUGCAAAAACUGGAGCAGAAGGUGUCCGGUUGAAAGAAGGUUCUCAUAUAAACAAAAGCUUAAUGACUUUGGGAACUGUGAUUAAAAAAUUGAGUGAAGGUGCUGAGGGUCAAGGGGGUCAUGUUCCAUAUCGAGAUAGCAAGCUUACACGAAUUUUGCAACCUGCACUAGGGGGAAAUGCUAACACAGCUAUAAUAUGUAAUAUCACACUUGCUCAGAUUCAUACAGAUGAAACUAAAAGUAGCCUCCAAUUUGCAAGUAGAGCAUUGCGUGUCACAAACUGCGCUCAAGUGAAUGAGAUUUUGACAGAUGCUGCUUUAUUAAAGCGCCAAAAGAAAGAGAUUGAGGAGCUUCGAGCCAAAUUGAUGGGUUCUCAUUCAGAGCAUUGGGAAGAGGAGAUUCUGAACCUACGAAAUACAUUAUUACAGACUGAACUGGAAAGGGAACGCAUAGCUUUGGAAUUAGAAGAGGAAAAGAAAAAUCAAGCUGAAUGGGAAAAAAGAGUAAAGGAGCAAGCCAAGAAAAUAGAAAAUUUGAGCUCAAUGGUUUUGUUUUCAAGUAGGGAUGAAAGUCGUGAACAUAUUAAGAAGGAGAAGAGGCGGGAUACAUUGUGUCUAGGAAAGCUUUCACGGGAGCAUCUAAGAGAUGUUUCAUCUAGCAUCCAACCAAAUGCUUCUACAGUAAAACAAACAAGACCUAAACAAGACAUAGGACUGCUUCUUCCUUUUGAAGAACUUGUAAAUGAAGAUGUUUAUGCAGAUGAGUCCUUUAAGCAAGAAGAUGAUGAUAAAGGUGAUGUUAAUGAGAAUUACAAUCUACCAAACCCUUGUUCUUUAUUGCAUGUAACGAACAGGAAAAAGGCAACAUCACAGAAGAAAAGCUUAUCCAUGGAGGACACCAAUUUUCUAGAAUUGCAGGCAGAAUAUGAGAAUUUGCUUCUAAAAUUCGAAACUCAGAGAACUAUGAGUGAGAUACAGAUUGAAUCAUUGAGAAAACAACUAAUUGAGGCAAAUUCUCUUCAUUCUAAGGAAUCUACUGACUGUUUAAAUAAUCCGAGUAGUGCUAAAUUGAAUGGCGAGAAAAAUUUGCAUUUGAGAGAGUUGGAGGCUAUUCUUGUUAUCAAGAGACUUCAAGAACAGAUUAAGGUUUUGGAAAAGGAAAAGUUAUCAAGCCAACAGAGCCUGGAUAAUGUUGUUGAUCUGGCAACUGAGCAGAACAUAUGCACCAAGAAGAAGUUUGAAAAGCUCUAUGAAGAACUUAUAAAUGCACAGGAGGCAGCUCGAUUGGCUAAUGAACAACUUACUUCCAGUGAAACUGUGAGCAACAUUAUUGAUGGAAAUUUUGACUUUAUCAUCAGUGUUUCCAUGGGAAUUCAAGAAAUAGUGUGUGAAAUACUAAACUCAAAAGAAGCUGUCCAAAGUGUUAUUUUGAUGGUUGAUGACGCUAUGAAAAAUUUCUCUGCUCUUUGUGAAAUGUUCCUUGCUUUCAAAACCUCAAUGUUGCAGAAUUCUUCAGAACAAAGUUUAGUCUUGAGUAAUCAUCAGAAGUUGAAUUCUUGCUUAAGGGAAAAACUAUCUGAGCUUGAGUAUGAGAAGGAAUGCUUAAAACAAGAAAAAAUUGUAAAUGCAGAGUUGAUUUCAUAUAUUCAGACUUUUGAAAAGGAUAUACCAUGGAUGACUUCAUCUUCAAUGAUGAAGGAAAUGGAAACUUUAAGAAAAGAUUUGGAGAAUGCAAAAACCAAGUUGAAAGAAACUGAGUCUAAGCUUGAGAUUGCCAUACAAGAGAAAGAAAAACUUGAGAGACAAAGAUUGGAAGAAUAUGAUCUCAACAAAGAAAAUUUGAAAAGCUCUAUCAAAGUAUUGAUGGAAGAAAAAGAAGAGUUGGCUAUGCAACUCACAGAUGCCCUUUUGCAAAUAGAGGAAGAAAGGGCAAUAUGGUCUGCCAAAGAGAAAGCUGCUCUUCUAGCCAUAGAAGAACAAGCAAAGUCAAACAACGUGCAAAUUAAAUCACUAUCAACGAAAUUAUCAGAAGUGAGGAAUGAAUUGGAAUCCUAUAGGGAAGAAUGCAGGACCCUACAGGAAAAAUUGUCUUUUUCUCAUGAAAAUGCAUGUAUCAAGGAAAGUUUCAGGGAAAAGGUUUUAGAGUUGGAUCAACCGAAAAUUCACCUUGAAACAGUCAAUGCUGAGAGCAAGCUACAUGAUCCUGAGAAAGAGAAAGCAAAUGACCUUCAGAGGGAAAUGCAUGUUCUUCAUAAAGGAGAUAUUUUAUCACACCCGGGAGAGCUAGAUACCUUGUCAAAAAAUUUUAAUGAGUUUCAGAAUCUCAAGAACAAACUAUAUGUUGUGACAAAAGAGAAGGACAAAUUGACGAUUGAGAUGGAAGAUCAACCGAAACAUCUAAUGGAAAUGGAAUUUCUGCAUAAGCAUUGCCUGGAUGAGGUAUCAAAGGCAAAGGUCCACGUUGAGGAACUGAGUCAGAAAAUUUCCUGUAUGGAAGUCAAAAGGCUUGCAGAUGAAGUAACAAACAAUAAAGAGAGGUCUAAGCUACGAAUGCGACUACGUGGAACACAAGCAAAGCUAGAUGCUUUCCGUUGUAGAUAUAAGGAAGCAAUCGAUGAAUCAGUUUUAAUGAAUAAGAGAUACGGAGAAGCUGCAGGGAAGCUUAAAGAUCAGUUGGCUUCAAAAGGAAUUGAGGUGCUCAACCUAAUGAAACAGCUAGCUGCUGCCAAAGGGCAAUAG